CGGAAUGGCUGCUGAAGGGCUACGAGUUCAAAGGCGCUGCCAUUUGUAACCGUACUUUUGGACUCAUCCCAAGCAGCUCAACGAUCGCCGCUGAGAGCACCACCUAAACGGAAACCGGCGCCAAGUAAUAACCAAACCCCCGUUCCCGGCCAUCGCUCCACGUGGCACCUUCCCAUUAACUUGCCACCCUCCUCUCCCCUAGCGGCAGCUACCAUGCAAACGCAAACGGACAGAGUCUUCUUUAUCUUUUCAAUUUCUUUAAUCCAAAUUCCAACCCCCAACCCUGCAACGCCAAAUCUAAAGACUUUAGAACUAGAGGUUUCCUCGAUGAAGGCAAAGCCCCACAGUUUGUGGACUCCAUGGAUCAUCCCCCACCACCUCCGGGGCCGGCGGCGUUCUCCGGCUUCCUCCCCUCGGCCGCCCUCAUCGAAUCCCUUGUCCAUGUCUCCGCCGAGGUGGCGUCGAUGGAGCCCCUUCCCUUCCUUCAAUCCCGCAACCUCUCGUCCACCGUUCGGAGGAUCAGACUCAUCCUGUCGUUCUUCGAGGACAUCCGAGACUCGAACGCUCCCCUCCCUCCCUCCUCCAUCCUCUGCCUCACCGAGCUCUUCUCCGUCAUCCGUAGGACCAAGUCCCUUAUCGACGACUUCACCUCCGGCAGCAUGCUCUGGAGUCUCAUCCAAACCGAGCUCUUUUCCCAACAGUUCCAUUCAUGCGCCAAGGAGAUAGGCCGGGCUCUGGACAUCCUCCCGUUAAGCCUUCUCGACCUCACCACGGAUAUCCGCGAGCAGGUCAAGCUCCUCCACAAGCAGGCCCGGCGGGCUGACUUGUUCGUCGAUCCCCGAGAACUAAGGCUGAGGGAAGAGCUCUUCCAAGUGAUGGCCAAAGACACCGGAGACUGCGGCGAUCAUAGCAAGAGCACCGGUAGAAGGUUUCUGGAUUGCAAGAAGGUAGAGGAGAUCAUGAAAAGAGUUGGGUUGCGGAGUGUGUCGGACUACCAAGAAGAGAUAUCGAAGCUGGAGGCCGAGAUCCCUAAGCAGGCGGGCACAGGUGGCCUCGUCGCCAUCUCGAAUAUUAACAAUCUCAUCGCUCUCGUCUCGUACUCCAAUUCAGUAAUCUCUCGUAACGGCAGUGAAUUAGUCAAGCAGGAACCUGAGCAACAACCUAUGCCCAACCCGAAAGACCUUAGCCGGUCGUCGACUUGGUCGGCGUCAUCAGCUGUCUCAUUUGACUUUCCCGAUGAGUUCCGGUGCCCGAUCACCCUUGACUUGAUGCGAGACCCGGUGAUCGUUUCAUCAGGCCACACCUAUGACCGGAGCUCGAUAGCUCGGUGGCUCAACUCCGGCCACCAUACCUGCCCAAAGAGUGGCAAGAAGCUAGUUCACAUGGCCCUGAUACCAAAUUACGCACUCAAGAGCUUAAUAGAUCAAUGGUGCAGGGAGAACAACGUCCCUUCUUCGUUUUGGGAUCGAGAGGAUGGUAACGGUAAUGACAGCAGAUACUCGCAAGCCAUGGAUCACAUCUCAGCCGCGAGAGCGGCGUCGGAGGCCGUCAGGAUGACUGCAGAGUUCUUGGUCGGGAAACUGGCAACCGGCUCGCCGGAUAUUCAACGGCAGGCGGCUUAUGAGAUACGGUUGCUGGCCAAGACUGGCAUGGACAACCGCCGGAUCAUCGCCGAGGCCGGUGCAAUUCCAUUCUUGGUCACCAUGCUCGGCUCUCGAGAUCCCCGGACCCAGGAGGAUGCGAUCACUGCCUUGUUCAACCUCUCCAUCCUCGACAGCAACAAGAUCCUCAUAAUGGCAGCCGGGGCUAUCGACGCUAUCAUCACCGUCCUCCGGACAGGAGUUGCCAUGGAGGCACGGAAGAACGCAGCGGCGACCAUAUUUAGCCUUUCGAUGGUGGAUGAGUGCAAGGUUGCGAUCGGAGCACGUUCCGGGGCGAUCGCUGGGCUGGUCGGGCUCCUCAGGGAAGGGACAGCACCAGGGAAGCGGGACGCGGCCACCGCGCUCUACAACCUUGCAGUGUACAGCGCAAACAAGGCUGGAGUGGUGGCCGCCGGUGCGGUGCCGCUGCUUGUGGACUUGCUGACGGACGGCAAUGCCGGGGUGACCGAUGAUGUGCUCGCGCUGCUGGCCCUUCUUUGUGGGUGCGAUGAGGGGAUGAAGGAGAUUGGGGACAGCAGGUUGGUCGUGCCGAUACUUGUGGACCUCCUAAGGUUUGGGUCUCCAAAGGGAAAGGAGAACUCUAUAUCGGUGCUGCUGGGGCUGUGCAGAGAUGGAGGGGAGGAGAUGGGCAAGCGUUUGUUGAUGAAUCCUCGGAGUGUUCCUUCUCUCCAAAGCUUGGUUGCCACUGGAUCUCCCAAGGCCAGGAGGAAGGCUCAGGCCCUCCUCAGGUUGCUCAACAGAUGCUGCUCGCUGUCUCACAAUCCUAUUGCAUGAUGAUUCUUCCAAGCUUCGGAUCCUCUCAAAUCCUGUGAGCUGAUGAACCUGAGAGCCAUGGACAGCGGCCCCUGCAGUACAUGGAAGCUCCUCGUGACCUCCUCCGGAGGAAGAUCGGAACUCAAAUUCUUCUUGGAAUUGCUAUAUAAGUCGAUCUGUAAGAGGAUUUGUAAAUAGAUAUUGUGUGCAUGUGGUUAUACUUCUGUUUACCUGUAACUAAACAUUCGCUUUUGGGCGACAUUCGGAUGCUAAGAAAGUGCUGGGUUCUUCAGAGGCAUGUCCUGCAGGAGGCGAACCAGGCGGCUGACUGGGUUGCCUCCUUCGUUGCGCGCUACUCUGGAG